AUGGUGGAAGUAAAGCUCGAGCCCAACUCCGAUGAUGAAGCAAAAGCUGCAGUGAAGCUGGAGCCGACAUCCGACGAUGAAGGAAAAGUUGCAGUAAAACUCGAGAUCAUUUCCGAUGAUGAAAGGAAAACUACAGUAAAAAUCGAGCCCGACUCCGAUGAUGAAGGAAAAACAGCACUGAAGCUGGAGCCCACAUCUAAUGAUGAAACAAAACCAGAGGUAAAACCCAAGCUCACACCUGAAGAAGAAAUGAAAAUCGCAGUGCAGCGCUGCAGAAAUCGAGCAAGAAGACAGUGUUGUUCAGAGUCAGCUAUAAGAAUGCGAAUUCGCCGUUUGAAAGAGACUGAAGCGGAGAAGUAUGAACGGCUGUUCAAGUGCAGACAGCAUGCUGCGCUGAGACGUCUGAAUGAGUCGGAAGAGGCGAGAAAGAAACGCUUGUCUAAAAUUAGGAUGCAUAAUAAAAUCAUAAGAGCAAGUAUGACGGAAGAGCAAAAAAUGAUACAUAGACAAGAUUGUAGGGAACGAGUGAGGAGGAAACGCGCGGCCGAGACUGCAGAGGAACAGGAAAAUCGGAAGAAGAGGGAGCGAGAACGCGCAAUGGCUCGUAGAUAUUUGCAAGAGAUGCGUUUACGAGAAUUUCGAGCCGAGUACCCGGAUGUGUUUCAAGAUUCAAUUGGCGCGAAAUGGGCAAAACGAAGACGUGCCGCUGGCGCGGAAGGAGCGAGAGGGAGGCGCGUAGCCGAAACCGAAGCCCAGUACCAGAAUGGACCAUUAACAUUAAAUGCAUCGGUAAGCUUUCCACAAUAAUU